CAGAAAGGAGCAGAGACGCAGAGGCAGAGGCGCGCGAGCGCUCGCUCGGUCGAGUCUUUCGUCUCGCAUACAGGGGAGUCCCGUGUGCCUGUCACAUAAACAGGGCUAAACGGUUGUGUCAGCACGCUGUUGAGGGAGAAUACUGUGAACCAACAUUGCAGCUCCCCAAUUCUUCAUUACCCCCUCCUUGUGUUUCUUUUGUUUUCCCAUCUUUGUGGCUGCAGAUGUGAGCAAAGAGAGGAGCGGCUUUUCCCCCCGCUGGCACCACGAGAGGCUGGCGCGCGACGACGGCGUUCAUGUGGGAGGAGGACCGUCUCCUUCUGACGAGUCCAGAAGAAGGAGGACCGCUGCAGUCUGACACAGUUGCUCCGUGACCCGAGGAGGGAAAAGCGCGGACCAGCCACAGACCCGCCAGCGUUCACACCGCAGCGUCUCCGGCAGCGCGAGCCAUGUCUCUGUCUCCUCCGUCUCUGUCCCUUCCCCUGCCUGUUUUUUGGUGCCUUUAUGCAGCAACCAUGGGCAAAAGGCAGGAGCAGAGAAGAUAAAGAGAAGAAUGUGAUCUCUCCACUGCAGUAUUGAUGAUCCAAUGAUCGCUUGCAGAACAGAGCCAGUCAGGCAGACAGAGUGAGGCUCAACUCAGAAUCAAAAUCUGAAUCUUCUUCACAAUCACUUGGUCUGUGUCUCUUCCUGCUAAACAGCUACAACAGGAAUAAAGCUACGGAACCAUCACUGCCACUCAGCAGAAGUCUUUUUUCCUGAAGUAUUAUCAAUGACUGAAUGAGUGACUUCACAAAUAAGCUCCUUUUGGACCGAAGUGGGGAUCUAGUGGGUUGCAGUGGGACUCAAUCAGAAGAAAAAGGGUCUUUGCAAGAGCUGAAGGGCCUGGAAUGUGCUGAGCUUUGGACGAAGGAGCCUGUGUUCCAGGACGGACUGCAGCAUACUUCCAAUGAUGGUCCACAUACGGUGACCUCCUCUGCUUCUGCCCUGGUCAACAGCCUCCAUCUAGAGAGAAGGCUGGGGCACAUCACAUGCAGGCAACAGCAGACGGAAACUUAUACUCCUCCGAAAACAGAGACAUUUUUAGAGGCUUUCAGAAACAUGCAAAUGCACAUCGACCCAGAUGUGCAUGCACAGGCUGUUUCACACACACACAUAGAAAACUGUGCACACAUGGAUGUCAACAGACAUACAGGCUCUGUUGGCACAGAACAGCCAAGAACUCUUACACCGGAGGAUGCACACACAGCCCCACCUCAGCCGCUGCCUCUGGCACUUGGCAAUCAUCAUGGAUCCACCAAUCAGCUGGCAGCUCCAGUCCUCACUGCAGAGACAGAAAUGCCUGCAACCUUUUUUCCAGUUCCUAUUAUUCCAAACCCAAACCCAGGAUCCUCUCCUCUUCCCAUAGAAGCCGAGAAGAAGUAUGCACUGCGCAGCUCUGGCCGUCCCCGAUUCCCCUGUCACCUGCGCAAAUCCUCCCGUCUUCGUCGAUGUAUAGAGGAUGAGGAGAAAAUAGCAGAAAGGGAACGGGGAGGAGAGGACGAUAACGAGGCAAUAGAGAAGAACAUCUGGAGGGUUAAAGAGGAGGAGGUAAUAGUCGUUGAGAAAGAGGAUCAUUCAUCUGUUGAACCUGUUCACCCUGCAGCACCCUUACCGACAGCCAUCACGUUAGCACUAACUGUACCCAAACCUAUUCCCAAAGCUGUACCUAAACCUACGCCCAGACUUGGGCAUAAACCUGGACCUAAAUCUAGGGUUAGACCCUCACCAAAAUCUGUCCAAAGACCUGGUCCUAAAAGUGUCUUAAAGUACCGGCAAUCAGCCCAAUCAAUCCUUCAUCAUAGUACCCCUGCUUUCCCAUUUACCAGCACGCCCCCCAUCCCCACAUUUCCACUAACUGUGAAGAAGGAUCCUGUUGAAGAGGUGGAGGUGCCUCCUCCCAAUAAUGGGAGACGUGGUCGCUUUUAUGGAGUGAGGAAGAUUGUCGUCAAAGUUGCUCGCAUUCCCAUCAACCUUAGCCGUCGGCAGAAAAGUUACAAGAUUUCAAAUUUGGAGACAGUAACUGGGACAGAGAAAGGAAAUGAUGGAGGUCUGGAGGGUUCAGAGACAGCUCGAGAGCCAACACCACUUCUCCGUAUGAAGAAUAACGGGAAGAGUGUCAUGGUCAUGUUUCCUCCCGGAGAGCUGCCUGUAAUACUAAAACGCAGACGUGGACGACCACCCAAACAGGCUUUACCAGGAAUACCAGCAGAGACUCCAAGUCCUGGGAAUGUCAGUGGUAAUGGAGAACAACCCAAGAAGCCCCGGAGGCGGAGGCAGACUAAACUUCCAUUACCUUAUCCAUCCUAUGUUAAUGAUACUAAUGAUGCGAAAACAGAGUAUGGGGACGUUUUGUCCAAGCUGGCCUUUUUAAAUCGCCAGCCACCGGCUACUGGCCGCUGCUCGCCUCCUCGCUGUUGGACGCCCAGUGAGCCAGAGAGCUUUCAUGCCCCCUUGGAAAACCCUGAAAUAUCCACUCUGCUGCAUCGGCUCACUGGAUUUAGACGCCGAGGUGGCAGAGGAGGAGGCACUGGACGAGGUGGAGGGGCAGCAGGUAGAUUUAGGGCUGGUGAGCGUAGUAAAAGCACCUUUACUGACUUUUUUGAAUCCAUUGGCAGGAAGCGGAAACCCAGCUCACUGUCUGAGCAUGGAUUACCCAGGAAAAGAGGAAAAGGUCUUGGUGGAGGUGGGGUCGGCAGGGGAGGUGGUAUUGUUGGAACUGACCCUGGUGGAGAGAAAGUCAGGAAGAAGCGUAUGAGAAGAAAUGGUGCAUUUAAAGGGGAAAGGGGCAUACCUGCGGGACAGGAUUGGGCUAAUGGGGCUGGUGGUUGGGUGGAAGAAGGAGUUAUGGAUAGGAAGAAAGGUUUGGUUGGAUACCAGUUCUGUGGGUUUCCAAAGGGGGGCUUUUCUUCCAGUGAGGUUGUAAGGGGGGGUUCCUACAGCAGUCCAGGAGGAAGUAAAGGGGCUGGGCCAGCUGGGGAAGAUUCACAGGGCCUGUUUGCUGGAUAUUUCCGAUCACUGCUAGAUUCUGAUGAUUCUUCAGACCUUUUGGACAUCUCCUCCUCACAGGCAAACCCCAACAAACUAUCGUCUACCACUGGAUAUGAAUCAAACAACACUGCUACUGGCCAUAGCUGGACCCCUUCAUUUUCUAAGUGGAGCAGCAAGGGUUCAAGUACUGGAAUAGAGGGUCAAGGUUUGAUGCAAUGCUCCUCAGCCAGACCUCCAUACAGCUAUAGCCUGGCUCAAACUUCCCCCACCACUUUUAUUUAUCAUAAAUCUACCCCACCAUCUCUCUCUCACUCACCUAGCUCCACCAAUCCAAGUUCCUAUAGCCCCUACUCUUCUAGCUACAACUCCCCUUCUCUUGCAGGAGCUGGCACAGUACCACAGAGACCCUCAGACUGCAGCUUUGCAUAUGGGUUUGGACAAAGCACUGGCAAGGCUGCCCCUAUUGGACAAAGUCAAAUUGGUUACUCUGGUUUCCAGCCAACAGCCAAACGAGGCUAUGGUCGAUAUCCUGGAGCAGUUCAGUCCUCCACGGCACGGGGGGAAGCAAUAGGACCCACAUCACCAGGUGGAGGGUACAUGUCUGUUUCCAAAGGUAGCCCCUUCAGCUCCUCUUCCCCAGAAGGUUACAAGCAGUAUAACUCCAAUCAGUGGAAUUACAGGCAAGGUUAUGGAGGCUGGUCAACAGAUAGCUUUGGGCCUCAGUAUCAUGGCUACAGUGAAUAUGGCUCCACUGAGUCUAAGGACAUCCUGGAUAUUUCAAACUACACCCCACAGAAGGCCAAACGACAACCUUUCCCUGAAAGUCUCUCAGAAUCCUCCUCUGACUCCUCCCAUCUUGGCUCUAUAGCCCCUGGUGGUGGGCCGAGCUCCGGAGGUAGCACUUACAAACAGCAUGAGCCUGUGCCUGCCAGUGAGGAUGGUGGUCAGUCCAGCCUGUCCAGUUUGGAGAAGCUGAUGAUGGAUUGGCAUGAGAGUGCUUCAGGGCCUUCUUAUAACUGGAGUCAGAAUGUACUCUUCCAGGGUGGGGGAACUAGCAAACCAGGCCGUGGACGCAGAAAACGAGCUGAUAUACACUCAGAGAAAGAAGGUGGUUCUGCUUUUCACUCUGAUUCACCAUCCAGUCCAUCCCCAACAACUUCUUCUGGGCCUAAGCGGGGAGGGGGUGGCGGACGACCCAGAGGUUCUCGAGGAGGUAGAUGUGGUUUUUCUCCAUGUCAGAGAGAGAGGCCGGCGGGGGCCAAAGGCAGGGCUAAGGCUGCUUCUACAUCAGGAAUGGGAGGAGCAGGGACCGUUGGAAUUCCAGAGGGAUCUGGGCAGUUCCAAGAAGGGCUGGACUAUUACAGCGGGGACAGUAGCAGCCUCUCACCCUUAUCCACAACCAAUCCUGCACCACCUGCUAGUUACCUCCAAGAGCCCUGUGAGUACCCCUCCCCUUAUUCUGCCCACCCUUCAACACCUUCCUCUGAGGAACGAUAUCCAGCCUUAUACCCUGGCGAAUCCUCCGCAUCCUUGUCACCCAGUGUCUCAUCGCCACCUUAUCCUCCGAAACCCACCCCUCCACCACCCCAGUCUUAUCAUCCUGUCCCUUCCAGAACCUUCUCCCCCUCGUGCUCUCCUUCACCACGGUUAACAGCACACUGUGGCACCGCACUGAGCCCCUCACACCGACCUUUUCCAAAAGACCCACAGUUUUCACAAUAUGACUCCCCCAGCUACUGCAGCUCCCCCUACUGGUAUGGACAGACAUCGCACAGUAGUAGCCCCAGUCCACACUCGCACAGUACGCACACCAAUACAGUCACACACACACACAGCAACCUGCAUACAAGUCCUCACGGAAAUACCCACAGUAAUCCACUUGCAAGCCCGAAUGCAAACAUGCACACACAUAUGAACCCUACCCCCCAUGUGCAUGAAACACACCAGCUCCACUCAAACCUAAGUUCACACACUAACACACAUAUGCAAUCUCACCCGGGCUUGCAGCUCCAGAGCAACCCCCAGACAAAUAAUCAGCUCCAUCAAAACACAAGCACCGACCCUAACCCAAGCCUUCACCCGCAUUCAUCUAAUCUGCUCUAUGAGGAACGUAGCCCUCCUUCCACUGUGCCCCCACACAAGCGGGACCUGACCCCACACAACAUGAGCACAGGUCACCAGCAGGGCCUGUCCUCUCACUCCCCAUAUCCUAAACCUCCCCUGGACUCCUCGCUCCAUCUAGAGGACUCUGGGAGCUACUCCCUGUCCCACCAGUCCUACCAGGGCAUCGGACACCGUUACCCCUCCCAGGCUGCUCAGGGAAGCGGGGUGCUAUGUCAACUCCUCGACCCGGCCAGUGAUGACAGCUUCAGUGUCACCAGCCUGUAAUUACAGGUGCAUUCAUUCCAAGCUUUUACAGAUUUGCAAACUUUUUAUAAGGAGACUUCUUAAUGAGAGACUGUGAAAUCAAGGAUGAGAAUUUAGCUGCCAGCGUUGGGCAUUAAAGCUUUAAUUCUCCAGCACUGACAAUCAAAAUGCAACUUAUACACUGACGCAUGGAAACAAAUAUGCACACACAGGCACACAAACGUCAACACGCAUGAGCAUAUGAAACCACGACUUUAACCUGAACGUAGAAAGUCAUACAAUGUGUACACUCAACUCGCACUGCAAUGGGGGAAUGUUCCAGAGGAGUUGACAGAUACCAGAUGCUGGCAGAAAGACAAGCCUAUUCCGUUUGAGGUUUGAGUCCCGCUGCGUUGCUAGAGAACACCAUUUCCCACAUGUCCGUAUUUCACCCCGUCGUAUUGGUCCUGUGCUGUGCAUCCGCAGUGUGGACUAAUCAGAAUCACACAACGCUCUCUUGCUGUUAUUUCCUCUGCUUUCUCCCAAGCUGCAAACCUUUGCUAAACCAACAGCAAUGUUCUGCACUCGACUCACUUAAGCCUACGUUUCUGUCUCGUGCCCCGACCCGGGCCGCAUCUGAGCUCAAAGCUACAGUUCCGUCUGUGCAUUCUCCUCCUCGUGUUGUGUCCCAUAAAAGAAAAGUGGACUAAAUCAGUUUCUGCUCUUGAAACACCAGCAUCUGUACAUAUGACUCCAGCUUAAAGAGAGGUGGGGGGGGGCCCUGUUGGCUCUGGGGGGCCCCUCAUCGGCAGCACCCUCCUCAGCGUUUCUGCUCUGAGGAAGGCGACGACUGCAGCAUGGAGACUCGACAUCCUGUGUUUUGCUGUUUUAACUACAAGGGAAAGAGACGCUGAAAUCACACAACGGCCCCAAAGAAACUUUUCUGUGUGUGGGAUGUGAGAGAGAGAGCGAGAGAGGAUGGUGAGUUUUGUGUGAUUGCGGUAAUGCAUGCAUUUGUGUGCGCGAGCGGGUGCGUGUACCUGUGGGGUCAACAUGAGCAGACGUCCCCGGACACCAAACUCUUGGUGGGACUACUCUUUCUUUCACUCUCUCCCUUCUUUUGUGGUCUUGUGUUGUUUGGUGGUUUUUGUGAUUUAAAAAAAAAAAUGUAUCUGUCUGUUACAUAUCAUGUAUGUAUCUGAGGUGCAAAAUAUUUAAAUACAUUCUGUUCUUGCCAUUGGUAA